AUGUCGAAUUAUAACUGGGACACAACGGCCGAACAAGUCGCCUCUGACUGUCGUCCUUCCAUUAUGAACAAAACCAUCCUGAUCACCGGUGUUACUCCUGGCGGACUUGGUGCCGGGUUCGCAACCAUCAUCGCCCCAUACAAUCCCUCGUUAAUCAUACUUGCUGCAAGAGAUACGUCCAAAGCCAAAAUCACAGCGCAAGAAAUUGAAAACGUAGCUCGGUCCGUCGCCACUCGCAUCCUGGAGCUUGAUCUCAAUUCGCAAACUCAGAUCCGAAAAGCAGCGAAAGAAGUGCUAUCGUACGACGAGCACAUCGACGUCCUCGUUAACAAUGCCGGUGUUAUGGCUCCGCCAUUCCGGCUAACCGAGGAUGGCGUGGAGAGCCAGUUUGGCAUUAAUCAUGUUGGUCAUUUUUUGUUCACGAAUCUUAUUAUGAGCAAGUUGAUCGCGCCUGGGAAAGUCUCGCGCGUGGUCAAUGUUUCAAGUGAUGGGCACCGGAUGGGACCUGUUCGUUUUGAUGAUUGGAACUUCGAUGAUGGAAAUACAUACGACCCAUGGCUGGGAUACGGACAGGCCAAGACGGCAAAUAUGCUCUUUUCACUGUCUUUGGCCCAGAAGCUCGGCACAAGGGGCCUCAUAUCCGUUAGCCUUCAUCCUGGGGUUAUAAACACGAACCUGCUGAAAGGUGACGUGGACGAAUCUGUCGAGUCACUAGUGAAAUGGGACAAAGCCUUGGGAAACCGGCCGUUUUGGAGGGGCUUCAAAUGGAAGACUAUGUCACAGGGUGUAGCAACCCAUGUCUUUGCCGCAUUCCACGAUGAUAUUUUAACUACUGCACGCAAUGGCGGAUUCCUUUUAGAUUCGACUGGCGUACCCCCGGAAGACAUCCGUUGCUGGGCCAGAGAUAGCAUAGAGGCGGAGAGACUAUGGAAACUGAGCGAGAGAAUCGUGGGAGAAAGGUUUGGCUAUUGA